AUGGGCAAACCUUCCAAAGCUAGAGGUCGAGGUGGUACUUUUCUUGGCGGACGAAACGCUGCUCCUGCAGGCGCCUCCGGUCGAGCCAAGGGGUUGAGGAACGGAGCGAAUAACCGUCGGGAACAGGUGGACGAGCAUAUUCCAGCCAGCCUCGUAACGGCAAGCGAUGAAGAGGAGGAUAGUGACGCGGAUAGUGAGGAAGAGACGAGCGGAAGUUCUCAAGAAGAUGAUGAAGAGGAAGGUAGCGAUGAUGACGAGGAUGAAGAUGAGGAUGGUCAUCAGGAUGACGAUGAUGAGGAGGAGGGCAACGAGGAGGAUCUGGACAAUGUCAAGAUUGCCGUUCCCGUAGCCAUGUGGGACUUCAACCAUUGUGAUCCUAAGCGUUGCUCGGGCAAGCGACUCGCCCGUCAUGGUCUCAUCACCUCGAUGAGGGUCGGACAAAGGUUCCGUGGAGUGUCUUUAACGCCGAACGGGAAAAGCACGAUCUCACCAGCUGAUCGAGAAUGGGUCGGUCUCGGUGGACUGGCUGUUGUUGAAGCCUCAUGGGCAAGGCUCGACGAGGUGCCGUUUGCGAAGAUCAGGAGUCCUCAUGAGCGACUACUGCCUUUCCUCAUCGCCACGAACCCUGUCAAUUACGGAAAGCCUUGGAGACUGAAUUGUGUCGAAGCUCUUGCAGCCGGUUUCUAUCUGACAGGGUAUGACAGCUAUGGUGACAAAUUGAUGAGCAAAUUUUCCUGGGGACACUCGUUCAUGAAAGUCAACCGUCACCUGAUCGAACGAUACAAGACGUGCAAGGACGCGAAAGAGAUGGUCGAAAUGCAAGAGAGAAUUCAGACAGAGAUGGAGGAGGAAGGGAAGCGUGCACGAAAAGAACGAGCGGAAAUCGGCGACGACAUGUUGAUGGGCAAUCCCAAUCUUCACGAAGACGACGAGGAAGAGGGAGAUGCUGAUGAGGACGAGGACGACAAGCAGGACUCCACGGCCGCACAGGCAGAGGAGGCCGAAAUGGACAACGUCGAAGCAUUGAUGGCCGGCGUCGCUAUCGAGGAGAAAGACAAGGUGAGUCCUCGUGUCGGUUACGAUUGCGAUUUUGACUAA